GGUCGGGUGGAGCCGUUACCUCACUCCCCAGGCCGAUGACGCAGCGUCUUCACGUAUCCUUCACGGGCGUCUCUACUUGUUUCUUCUACUUGUCCGUCCAGCGAGAAAGAGAGACGCGCGUUGAGCUCGGAGUGCCGGACGGAGGCGGGUGCACUCGAUACGAAACACUUCUCGUCCCGGGAGAAGAGCGGCGCCCUUCUCCGUGUGUCAUUUACUCUCUCUAUGAGCGCCCCUCUCCCUCCCGCGCCAUCCACUCGCGCGCACACGCACGCCGACGUCUCCACUUUGCCGUGCGAAUUCACGGCAUUGAUCUCAAAGGCAGGCGCGGAUCUGAGUCUCUCCUUUCCCCGUCGACGGACAGACUUGGAGGAGCGCUCGGGAGGGAAAGUAUCUCCUGUGUUUGUCAGGACCCCUGGUCAUGUCGGUUUAGCUGCCCUGCGUGAUGCCUGAUCAUGACAACGCCACUCUCCUACUAGCAAGACAAACCAAGCGCCGACGCGUGGACAUUGGGGUGAAAAGGACUGUGGGGAGUGUGAUAUUCACCCGCGCAAGGGAGACCCUUCUAGACAGGAUGAACCCGACGCACUGCUCCGAUCAGGACGGAGACUGCUCACUGAUCGGCCACGGCCAUGGUAGCACCAAUGGGGAUGGAGAGAAGUCCAAUGUUCUGAGGAAGCUGCUAAAGAGGGCCAACUCUUACGAGGACGCCAUCAUGCCUUUUUCCGGCGCUACAAUCAUCUCCCAGCUGUUAAAAAGUAGCAUGGGGAAGAAUGGAGGGAGCGACUCGGGCUUCCAGGGAAGUGGAGCUCUGUCCAGUGGAGGCUCUGAAAUCCACAAUGAGGAUGCCUGCAGCAACUCCUCCCGUGACCAAGACAGCCCAUCAGACUGCCUGUCUCCAGGACAUCAUCUUCCUCCUCCAACAUCGUCCUCAUUUGGGAGGCCGCAGCCCAAUUCGAACCACAACUCCCACACCUCCUCCCAGACGCUUUCUCUAUCCACGUUCGACUUGGACCGUCUGUCCGAUGAACACCUCCGUGCCAAGCGAGCCAGAGUGGAAAACAUCAUCCGCGGCAUGAGCCACUCGCCGCUGGUCCGGAGCAGCGGAGGCGACCAGGACAACCUCCGCGAGAGUGAAAACGGACACAGGGGCGACAGGGGUGAGAGGGGCGACAGCGGCGGCGGCCAUAAUGCCAGCAACCACAACGACUGCCCCUCUUCCCUCCUGAGCUCCCCGGGGUCACGGGGCGGUGUGGUGGGUGUUGGGGAGGUGUACAGGGAGAAUAAGAGAAAGCAGCGCCUGCCUCAGCAGCAACACAGCUUCACCCAGCUGGUGUGCUCCAGGCAGGAGCAGAGACAAGAGGAGAGGAGGCAGCUCAAACUCCAACUAGAAGACAUGCAGAAACAGUUGCGGCAACUUCAGGAGAAGUUUUACCAGAUCUACGACUCAGAGACGGAAGAAGAGGAGGACAAUGGAGAGGGCAGAGAGCCUGAGCGGGGAGGGGAAAGAGAAGAAGAUGGGAACUUGUCAGAGGACAGCAUUCGGUCUGACGGUCUGGAGGAGAGGCACAGAGACAGAGGAAGGCACGGCCACGACGACCUGUCUGACCUGGACCCAGGUCUGUUCCUGGACCGAGCCCGAGCUCUCCUCCGUGAGCAGGCCUUGAUAGAUGGAGACUUGGAGGAGGACGCAGACAGUAGGGGAGAAGAGGAGAGAAACGGUGAAAGAGGAAUGAAGAGGAGAGCAGCUGCAGGGGGAGGAGGAGGAAGACAGUUGGCCGAGACCCUAAAGCAGGAGCUGAACUGUGCCGUGUCGCAGGUCGUCGACACUGUCGUGAAGGGUUUCUCCUCGCCGAAGCAGACAGCCACUCAUCAUCACGGCUGCCACAGUAGCACGCCGGCCGCACCCUCUUCUUCCUCCAACUCGUCUUCUUCCUGUCCGCCGCCGUUUGGACCGCUGCCCCCUCUUACCCCAGACUCACGUUUCGGAGGUGGCACCCUGGGACUCAAUCUGAAUGGCGAUGGCAGCCCCACCCCCAAUUAUCACUCCAACCAACGGCUGCACUGCUUCGGGGACGUAAUUGUACCAAGUCCGUUAGAUUCUUUUGGGGGUCUUGGCGGCAGACUGAGUGGUGUCCCCACCCCUAACGACCAAACGGAGGCCCUGCCGUUGGUGGUGCGCAAGAACGGUCCGGAGAACACCAACCACUCUCUUCCUCCUCCGCCGCCUCCUCACCACCCCUCCCUUCACCCGUCUCCCCUCACAGCUUCACUUGGGUUUAGCCCUCCAUCGUUUCGACACCCAUUCCCCCUUCCUCUCAUGGGUUACCCUUUUCAGAACCCCUUGGGGUCACAUGGGGGGGGCUACCCCUCAGGGCCCAAAGACCACCAUCAAUCCUCCCCUGAUUCCAUGGACAUAACCCGGGAAGCUGUCAGCCUACGAACCAAAAUGGCAUCUUUGGGAGGGGGCCACAUGGGUCACCAUCACCACAGACAGAGCUCUCCAAACCAGCAUGGGUCAGAGAGCCUGUCGCUGUCUCUGAUCAAGUCUGAGUGCGGAGACCUGCAAGACAUGGCCGACAUCUCGCCCUACUCGGGUAGCACCAUUCAGGAAGGCUUGUCUCCAAACCAUCUGAAGAAAGCCAAGCUGAUGUUCUUCUACACUCGCUAUCCUUCCUCCAACAUGCUCAAGAUGUUCUUUUCUGAUGUAAAGUUCAACCGCUGCAUCACUUCCCAGCUGAUCAAGUGGUUCAGCAACUUUCGGGAGUUCUACUACAUCCAGAUGGAGAAGUUUGCUCGGCAGGCCAUCAACGAUGGGGUGACUGGUGCCGAGGAGCUGACAGUGGGCCGGGACGCCGAACUCUUCAGGGCCCUCAACAUGCACUACAACAAAGCCAAUGACUUUGAGGUUCCUGAUCGCUUUCUCGAGGUAGCCCAGGUGACUCUGCGAGAGUUUUUCAACGCCAUCGUGGCCGGUAAAGAUGCCGACCCUUCUUGGAAGAAGGCCAUCUACAAAGUGAUUUGCAAACUGGACAGCGAGGUUCCCGAGGUGUUCAAGUCCCCCAACUGUCUUCAAGAGCUCCUACGUGACUGACUAGAACUCGGGAGAACACAAAGAACGCAGGAAAAACCUCUGAACACCAGGGGAAGACUGGGAUGAUCCUUGAAUGGAUCAAGGAAUUCAUUUGACACCUUGACGUGGUUCUCCUUGGAGAACGUUUUGUUGCCUGUGUUUUUUUUUCCUCCCCAUCAGUGCAGCUUUCAAAGACAAUUUUCCCCUCGAAGAUGUUUUCUCAUAAAAAAAAUAAACGUUCAUAUUCAGUAAGUUAAAGGGCUCAGGCUCAAAGUCUGAUGAUGCUCUAGGUGACUCAUAUGUUGGGACUUUUAUAUUAAAAAAACAGUAAAAGACUUUAAACGUCUUUAGUCCUGUCGACCCCUUCUCUUCCAUGAUCCUUCAAGAGGAAGAUAAGGUUUGGGGGGGCGAAAAAGAACGAACGGACGGAUAAAUGAUAAGCCAGAGACUUGAAUUUAGGAGUGGACUAAUAAUCGAGAAAAUAAUAUAUACAUUUCUUUAUAUUGUGGAGGUUUUGAAGUUACAUAGACGUUUUGUUUUGUUUUAUUUCUGAGGGGAAAAAAAAGGAUGUUUCUGUAUUUUGGCCCCAGUUUCCUCCGUUCUUUGAGACCUCCGUCUUGCACAGACACACAAACACAUGUAAGAAAGCACAGCUGCACAUUUACCCACACAAUUCCACUCUAGAAAUGGGAUAUCAUCCAAACUUUCUCUUUUUAGUUGAGCUGCAGUUUUUCUGAGCCUCCCUGCUUGUUUUGAUCAUUGAUAUUAUGAACUGGACAGAGUGGCCCCUCCCCCAUCGUAUUACAAACAUCCACUGGAUCCAAUAAGCCAAAAUCCGAAUUUUUUAACAUUUUCUUCCUUAUUCUCAUUUUUUUGUUUGUUUUAUGGAAAUGUAUUCGAGUUAUAAACUGACCAAUCAGAUGCCUCGAUGAAAGUAUGUGGUCUCUUGUCAAACGUUCGAAAUGUCUGACCGAUUUCAUGUAGCCCGGGUUCAACUGGUCGGGGUGUGGGCUUCCAAAAAGUUCACCCCUCACUAGCAAGAGCGGCUGCCAUAAAAAAACCUUGAUUUGGACCAAUCAGUGCUUACUGACAACAUCUGCUUCCAACAUGGCGGCAUGCUUUUUGUGAAGAACGGUGACUAAAUUGGUUUUACUUUGCUGGAGCUGCAAGUUAUCUGUUUUCAAUUGGUCCAGUUCUCAUAAACACUCAUGGUUUGGACUGUUAAGCUCAAAAAGUUACUAUGGCACUUGACAGUUUCUCAUUGUAUCCCACUGCAUCCUGAAGAUUUUAGACAAAAAAAAUGGUAGGGUCAUUGUGAACUAAUACCGGGGCAGGAAAAAGUGGUAGUAAUAUAUGUAAAUGCAUUUUGUUUCAGUUUAAAUAAAGAUAAUUUUUUGUAGAAAGGGGUGGGGGGGGGUCACGUUUCUUAUGGCAGGAAUCUCAAAGAUUAAAAUUGUCUGUGAAACCCACCUAUUUCUAAGAUAUGUGAAGUUUUUAUUUUCUGCUAAUUCUAUUUUGAUGGCUGGAUUAGCACUAAAAACACAAAACAAAAAAUGGCUUUUGAGUCAGAUUAAGCACUGAAACCUUCAGGACCACCUAAAGUUUUGUCUUUUAGAGCAUAUCCUACAAAAAAAAAAAACCUUUUGAAAUUGAAAAACGGGGCUUGAACUUUUCCACUUUGUUGUCAUAGAUUUUGCACAUUUUUUCUUUUAAGACAUUAACCAUUUUAACUACAAAUUGUGAGAUUCUGAAGAGAUGUUUUUCCAGUUUUGCAUCUCCUAUAGUUUUUAAAGACCCACUCCAAUGAAUAUUGUAGACUGGUGUUCUUAACAUGUUCUUGUGGCGUGUUUCUAACGAUGGAGGACAUAUAUAGAGAAAAAUAUACUUAAAAUUGUGAAUCAGGAGCAUACGAAAAAAAUGCCGAUUAAAAUUAUCAUAUUUGUAACAGUAAAAACAUACACAGGGCGGAGCUCCGUAAUAGGGGAGGGGAAAGGGGGAUGGAGCUGCUCUUGGUCAACAGUCCCGCCCACAACUUAGAAGUGAAUUUCUAAUAAACUACUGACACUCCACAGAAACUGCCCUAAACAGGUUUUUUUAUUCAUAAAUUAACAAAAAAAAAAACAAACACUAGGAACCCUUUUACAAUAAAUCAAAAUAUGAUCGGAGUGGGUCUUUAAAGACCACCAUAAUCUUUUAGGACCGUCAUAACUCUACAAUCUGUAUGCAGGUGUGAAAAAGAUGCUUUUAUGCACGAUGGUUUGUAAAGUUUUCUUACUCCAGAUGUAUAAAUAAAGCUUACAUUUUCCUUUGACAGAAAAAUAACCUCUGUAACUCAACUUGAUCUGCCUUUAAACCUAUUGUGUUUGGUGUUUUUUUUCUAGAAAUUGUUUUUCCUUACACAUACAUUCUGCAGUUUUUAAUUGAGCUCAACCUGUAACUAGCUUGUAAUAUUUGAAGAAUAUAGCACUGAUUUAUAAAAUGCAGGAGAUUCAAAUUGUUGCUUCUGAGUCUUAAAAUAUUUUCAGAUUGAAUUUCCUUCUUUCUUUUUUUUUAAAUGUGAUGUGAUCUUAUUUAAGCCAUCUUUGUGGAAAUGUGUUUCAUUUUGCUAUUAAAUAUAGUUUGAACACACA